AUGGAUGAUGAGAAAGAUUCAGAUGAGGAAGUAGAGGCACUCCGCGAAGGUUUAGUGGCAGUGAGUUUCUCAAAAGAUUUUAAGCAACACAUUCGGAAUCCAUGGUUUAAGGCAUUCAUUGUGAAGCUUUAUGGUAGGUCAGUUGGGUUUAAUUUUCUCCAUAAUAGACUGUUGGCUAUGUGGAAGCCUGCGGGAAGAUUAGACUGCGUGAACUUGAGCAAUGGUUUUUUCCUCAUCCGUCUUUCUUUAAAAGAAGACUAUGAGAAUAUUCUCAAGAGGGGACCUUGGUUCAUUGGAGAACAUUUUCUAUCAAUAAGGCCCUGGGAGCCUAACUUCAGGCCAGCAUCGGCGAACGUUAAUUCGGUGGCUGUUUGGAUAAGGUUAAAUGAUCUCCCGAUUGAAUACUACAACCCGGAGGCUUUGUUGCAUAUUGGUAAGUCCAUUGGGAACAUUCUAAGGGUGGAUACUCACACUGCCUCUGAAGCCCGGGGUAGGUUUGCUAGGUUGUGUGUCCAAAUAGAUGUGGAGAAGCCUCUGGUCACGACAAUACUGAUCGGAAAGUUUGAGCAACCUGUCUGCUAUGAGGGCAUCCAAAAACUUUGUUUUUCCUGUGGAAGAAUGGGUCAUCGGAAGGAAAGCUGUCCGUACAUUAUUCGCCAUGGUGCACCACAAGGGGAGGUUGAUAUGAAGGAAGCAACGGAAGCAAGGGAGAGGGAAGCCAGUGCAUGCAAGGAGCGUGUGCCUGAGUGUGUGCCUGACACAGCAGAGCUAGGGGUGGGGACCAGCAAAGACGUGCAUGAGAGUGAGCAUGAGGAUGUGCAGGAAGGGACAUACGGACCAUGGAUAGUGGUUGCGCGUAGGAAGAAUGGGACAAAGAAUCAGAGAAGUGGAGGGUCCCCCUCUGUGCUGGAUAACGUUCAGGUGAGACAAAACCAAAAGAAGUCUGGGAAGAGAGUAAAUCAAGUUUUGUUGCGGACAAAAUGGCGAGUCUUGAUGGACCGGCCCGAGAGACAAAAAGGAAGCUUGCCCAUUCAAGCCAUGUGA